AGUCGGUCCGUUAACUAAAAGUCUCGGUGCUGAUUUCCCCUGCAGCGUCUCCGUGUUGAAGCUAAACACGGUGCCUUAGCUAUGCAGGAUUUUGCUUUAUUAGCUUGCUACUUGCUAAAUUAUUCUUGUUUUAGUCAACGUAGUUGUUAGGGGAAAGUAACCUAUUUUAGCCUGCUUUUGAAGAGAGAAAGAUACAUUCGUCUGAACUGGAAAUAAAGUUAAAUUUAGCUUAAACUGGACGUUAGCUGUAGGUUAGCGGUAUUUGUCAUCCGUGAUGGUUCCAGAGAUGACUGCUCGCACCGUCUCUCAGCAUGGACUCUGAGGACGUGCUGAUGAAGGAAUACAUCACGAUGAUGACUGAUAUGAUUGUGCUGUGUGCCACUUUGGCACUUUCCCUCUUCUUCUGGCUCAUCUCGCUCACCAUCAGCACCUACUAUGGGACACUGCAGCCUGUGUCACCAUGGCGAUGGUUGUUCUCCAUCUUGGUUCCUCUCGUGCUGACGAUCAGAGCGCUGAAGAGACAGAGUCUGGACCGCUCAGGAGCUCUGGGAGCCCUGCUGGUCGGAUUUGUGCUGACGAUGGCCAACUACAGCUUCUUCUCCACUCUGCUGGCCUUCUUCAUCACCUCCUCCAGACUGACCCGCUGGGGAGGAGCACAGAAGAAGAAAAUAGACCCAGAGUACAAAGAAGGGGGCCAGAGGAACUGGGUUCAGGUCUUCUGUAACGGGGGAGUCCCCACUGAGCUGGCAUUGCUGUACAUGAUUGAGGUGGGUCCAGGUGAGAUCCCCAUUGACUUUGGGAAACAGUACUCUGCCUCCUGGAUGUGCCUGUCUCUGCUGGGAGCACUGGCAUGCAGCACUGGGGACACCUGGGCGUCAGAGGUGGGGCCUGUCCUCAGCCAAUCGCAGCCUCGACUCAUCACCACCUGGAAGGAAGUGCCAGCAGGAACGAACGGUGGAGUUACACCUGUCGGAUUGGUCGCCAGCUUCCUGGGCGGGCUGGUAGUGGGCGGGGCUUACUUUGCGACCCAGCUUCUGUUUGUGAGCGACCUGCACCUGGCGGACCCCCAGUGGCCAAUCAUAGUGUACGGCGGUGUGGCCGGCCUGCUGGGAUCGAUGCUGGACUCCUUCCUGGGGGCCAACAUGCAGUACUCAGGCUUCGACUCCAGCAUCGGGAAGGUGGUGGGUUACGAGUCCGCCACCACCCAGCGGAUCAGUGGGAAACCCAUCCUGGACAACAACGCGGUCAACCUGUUCUCCUCCGUCCUCGUCGCUCUCAUCCUGCCCGGGCUGGCGUGGGGGGUGUGGCCACGAUAGGCUGACGGCAGCUGAAAACAACAAGAGUGGAAGACUGUGAUCUGAGACGGAUUUCUAAGACACUGGAGAGAAAACUGUUGGCUGUUAUCGGUCACAGGAGCAUCACAACACACACACACAGUCUCUGUAUUAUCUGUGUUGGACAUCUGAUCACAAAGACUCUACAGGAGACAGGAGGACAAUAAGUACUUCAUACAUCAUCUGCAUGAUGUCUUACAGCUGACUACACACACACACACACACACACUCUGAUUUAAAGGUUUUGGGAGAAUUUUUUCCAGAUCACAUACCUGCUCCACUAAGGGUGCCAAACAUCAAGGUGAUCCAGCAGGGUCUGACCCCCCUUAAUGACUGUCCUGGGUCCUGUUCCACGAAGCACACUAAGAAAAGUGAGGAUUAGAGUCUGACACCUGACUUGAAUGAACAUAACAAAUCAAUGUGACGUCAUGACAGAUUAUUUAAAGCUGUUCCAUUAGCAUUCAUUUAUUACACUGAAUAAAUAAAGUCCAUAUUACCUCUGUGCUCCAGUCUGCCUGUGGAAGAGUAUCACACGAUGAUUUAAUUAAAGAAAAAGUUUAAAAAAUGAGACUUUGCUGUGCUGGUUUACUGUGACGCGUCAGUUUUUAUGUUCUUAUGAACUGAGGGCAGAUUUCUGCAGUCUCGUGUUUUCAGGUGAUGCUCCUCAGUCUUUCUGAACUUUACAUCUGAAAAGUAAUUUAACGUGUUAAUAAGCUGGCCAAAUGCGUG